AUGCAACUAUUCAAGUGUGAAAUACAGGGUAACUGGUAUCUUCUUCAACCUAAUUUCAGUUUUCUGGCGGAAAAACUUUCAUACAAUUAGCAAGUUUGCUUGGGAAACGUGAAUAUUAGAUUGAAAUCUCGUUUCCCAUUCGUUUCCGAGAUGAAUUCAGUUUCAAAUACGUCUCAAUUUUUCUGAAACGGUUUUGGCGCGUUCCCAAACGCGUUUCCCGGUUUCCCCGUUCCAGGACGUUUCGGAAACGAAAAGAGUCUUAUUCUUAUUGGAAGAUAAUUGACAAAGACGAAGCAGAAGAGUGCAGUUCCCCCAAUUAGUGGAGCGUGCAACUGCAAGUUGAUUUCAAAAUAUGGUAGAGAGAUUCUUUAAUGGAAGUAGCACCACCUCUGUCACUACUGUUUCCGGACACCCCCAAGGAGGCUGCUGCUUUUCAUCUGAUCUAAUUACACUACUCUCUGGCACUCCAUCCUGCGGAAAGACAUCGUUGUUAUUUCAGUACGCCAUGAACAUGGCAGCUCACUGUCAGUCCCCAUCACUGGGUUACGUUGUCUUCAUCUGCAAUCGCGGCCGUCUUGAAACCAAACCUCCUUUCCUUUCUCAGGGUAUUGAUGCUUCCUCCCAUAUCUUUCAGCGAAUUCAAAUCAAGUAUGUAGACGAUUUUGAUGAUGAAGGCAUCAAGAAAUAUUUUGCUGCCUUCCACCUUCUUCAUUCUUUUCCCAGUGCUGUUAUUAUCGAUGAUUUUGGUGACUUCUUUCUUGAAAGCAAGUGUCAACAGAGGUAUAAUAAUCCCCGUGGAAGGGACUUAGCCAUGGUUCGAGUUCUAGCCCUUUGUCAUAGUGCAGUCAUCCAUGCCAAUAAAACGACAUCUUGUCAGCUUUUGCUCUCUGAUACGCACCAUGGCGAAUUUCCCAGGCUAUUCAUUUACACGAGAUGGAUUUCAUCUAUCUUCACCAUCCAAGGUGAAGGUGAUGGUCCUGGCUCAUUUCUUCUUAAGCAUAGCGUGCACGUGACAGGAAGUGGUAUUGGAAAAAGAAGUGCAAGAUACUCUAUAGCUCUUCAGUACCUGGUUUUGGACGAAAUCAUAGAAGAUGACCAGAUGUGAUGUUGUCUGUCACUUGGUACGCCAGGGAAUCCCAAAGCGCCUAGGUGCCCCUUGAGCCUUUUAUACAUAUGCUUGGGUAUUCAGUUGGUAUUUAACUCAUGCGAAGGAGACAUAUAGGCUAUGUGAGGAAAUAAAUCGGCUACCAUGUCCAUGAAGCUGUAAGUUGUGAGGCUAUGGGAGAUACGUAAAUUUGGCUCUGGUUCUGGCAGACUUUCAAGUGACUUCAUUAUUUUUCUAGAGGAGCUCCAUUGUUUUUGUGACCAAAAUUUGACUCUGGUUCUGGCAGACUUUUAGGUGACUUGCUUUUGAUUCUUUGAGGGUUGCAGCAACACUGUUAUAAAUAUAUACAUAUCUUUACAUCUUUAGGUCUUUAACAAAGUGAAACUGAAGAAAAAAAACAAGAAAUUACUGGAACAUGCAGUAUAAAAUUAGAAUUAAGAGGAGAACUAUGGUAGGAGUGGCUGCAGCAAUAGUACUACUACUGGCUGUGGCGUGAGAGGACUUGGACGUCUGAGCUGCAGUGCACUCAAGACCACGCUUACUGUCGCGGCAAAUGUUGGCGAAAAGGCCUGGUGGGUAUUUGCCAUAGAGAUUGAUAUAGCUGAACAUGGUGGUUGCACAAUUGUUGGUAAUGUCGUUUAAGGUUGGACCGUAAGGGCAUGCCAAAUCAUUAAAAGCCUCACAGCAUAUGUUGGCUGGGUAUUUGGGUCCUUUGCAUCUGCUUGUUAUGAUUGUGUAGUUCAAGUGCUGAAAAUCGACCGGGCAAUCUGCCACAAAAAUCAAGGUUGACAUUUGGUGUCAAUUUGAUCCAUUCCAAUAUUGGAGUAAAGUCAAGUUUGGUAUGACUAGCUGGCAGAAGUCAACAAAUAUUUAAUUUUUCAAGUAAACAUGUGCCUAUGUAAGCUAAUUUCGUUGAUGUAAGAAACGCCACUAUUAUCAGUCUUACCCAAAAUAUUACGCCAAAGAAAACGCGUAUAUGACUAUUCAAGAAAGUUACUCUGUAUUUAACUUUCAAGUGUAUAUAGUACAAGUAACAAGCGAAAAUGACCGAGAUAAACAAUAGUACUGCCAAUGAGAUUUACCUUUUAUAGUUUGGAGGAGAUGUCGGCCAACUGAGACUCGAGGGUGUUGCAGUUCAUCUGUUUCAAUACAAGUAUUAGAGACGUUAGUAACUUUGCAGUAAUUCGUAUGUAUUAAGACAGGGACGUAUUCAUAAUUUUAUUAUAGAACUGCAUAUCAAUGUGUUGAUAUUCAUUAUUUGAUUUUUGAGAGUACACUCACUGCCUUUGCCAAACUCGAAAUGAAUGGAAGAAGAUUGGGAUAUUAACCUGGAGAAUAAGCAGUAGCUGAAGGAUGGACAAGCACAAGAAUCAUGAAUAUGACUGUUGCUGUUGCUGUUGCUGUUGCUGUUGCUGCAGUUCCAGUAGUAGAGGAUUGAAAGUAGCCGAUCAAAUUCCGUAGUCUAAAUAUAUGCUUCUUCUCCGAUUCCAUUUAUGUAAAAUUUGAAUCUUUGGAAGUUCUGUAUGUUUGUUCUUUCUCUUUUUGCUAUAAGCUAGAGAGAAAGAGGACGAGUAUAUAUAUAAUGAGUAUGAAUGAAUGAAUUCGGUGAUUUUGAUUUAGUCAAUUCGUGAAGUUGUAGUA